UUUCCAAAUGGUCAGUCUGCCCCUGAUACACUGGAAUUAUUGUUUACUACUAAUGGUGGCGAUCAGCGAUUUAUAAUGGGGCUGUGGGAGUGUGGCCGGAAAUCUGACAUUAACUGACAUCGCCAGUGACAUUGAUCAGUGAUAAUACUAUACACUGUCACUGUACUAAUGACAUUGGCAGGGAAGGGGUUAACAUCUAGGGCGAAGAAGGGGUUAAAUGUGUGUCUAACUAUUUUUCUCCCUGUCAGCUCGUGCACACUGCUUUGGAUGGCUAUGCACAGCACAGCCAUGCAAAGCAUUGUGCUUACAGUGAAGCAC